GGGUUAAGGUGUUUGAUUGACUAGGGAAAUUCAACAUUGCAGCAACUGAAGAUGGAAAGUUGGUCAGUUGAGCAAGUCUGCAACUGGUUGAAACAGAGAAAUUUAGGAGAACUAGUUCCUAAGUUCCGUGAAGAAGAAGUAAGUGGAGCAGCUCUUCUGGCUCUUAAUGAUCGUAUGGUGCAGCAGCUGGUGAAGAAGAUUGGGCACCAGGCCGUCCUGAUGGACCUGAUUAAAAAAUACCAGCAACAGAAGAGUGGGCUGGAAUCCCUCACUUACUGUUGUGAAACAGCUUCUCAGAAAUUUCCAGAAGUAAUCAGUGGGGCUACUGACAGACAGAUGUUAAAUUCUUCCAGUCCUGUGGAGCAGAAGAAAUAUCUGUGUUUGGCUAAAAAUGAAAAAGGACUAAUUGAUCAUAGAGUGCUAAAGCAAAAGAAAAACCUGAAAUCGUUUUUUGCAAGACACAAGGUGUUGCAGUGGACAAGUUCUUAUGCUUUGCCAGACUUCCCUUACGAUGUCAAGUGCAUAUUAGCAGAAAAAAAAUGCCCUGAUCACAGUAUGAGAAUAAGGAUUAUUGAAUUUUUGCAAGCAGACAUGACAAAAUACCUAGAAGGAUCACUGUAUCCGAACAGUCAGCAAUAUAACAUUGUUGUCAAUACUCUGCUCCAGGCAUACCCAUUCCUUGAUGAAGAUGGGAAUGGCUUUUUGCUGUGGAAACGGGCCCUUAAAGAUCGUUUCAAAUACAUACGGAGACCCAUUGAAGAUGAUGAGCAAGUCCUGAGGAACAAAUGCAAGUUUGGCCACAGGAGAGGACAGAGCAGAAAAUCUUCCUUUGCUGAAAAUAAACUUGAUGAUGUCCAGGGGCAGGUAGAGGAAGGACCUGCUCAUCUUAAAGGCAGUGCAAUGGAUUUACAUGUUGAGUGGCUUAAUCAAGAAUAUAUGAAAACUCAGAGGAACUGGGAAGAAGUGGAUAACAGAAUGAAUGUGACAAUAGAAAUACGGAGAAAGAUGAUCAGUGAUAAGGCACCUUUGAAAGAUAUUCUUAGACUAUUUCCUUUUUUAAGGUGCCCUUAUCAGCUUUUUAGGGAGUUCCAGCUUCUUACACACAUGGACAUUCACAAGAAAAUGGUCGAGAUAUUGGAGAUUUAUUCAGAAAACAUACUGUCCUUGUAUGUGGUGAGGAAUAAUCCAAUUAACAUUAUGCUGCAAGAAAAUCUGAAGCAGCACACAGAGGAAGAUGUUCUGAAAUAUAUGAAAAUGACUGCUGCGUGUUUACUCCUGCCAGAGGUCUUUGGAGAUGAUUCCAGUCUGUUUGCUGCAGUGAAUGAGGAGGUAAAGGCAGUCACACCAGUGUUGGAAGUGAAAAAUCCCUUCAACAUGAACUCAUAUGAGUUUGCCCUGUACGUAGAAGGGGAAGAGUUGGCCCAGCUCGAUGACUGCACCAUGGCUCUGGCAGCGCUGGUGGCUGCAUUUCACGUGUUUGAUAUCCCAUUCCCAAAGAGAAUCCACAGGACACUGAACUUCCUGGAGUCCCUGCUCUUUGAGGUGAGGAGCCCAGCAUCCCUACCCACCCUGGUAAAGACAGGGCUGGAGGCACCCAAGCAUCCAGUAUCUGAUGGUGCACCCAGCACUCCUUUCAGGAGCAUCUGA